CGAAAUGCAAAGCCAAGUCGAAAGCCAACCACCAGCAGCAACAUAACGGCAGCAACAGCAACAGCAAACAGAAACAGCAACUGCGACGACAAAACUCCUGGUGCACAUUAACGCAGGCAACAGUUUAACGUGGAAAUUAUUGCGAAUUUGUUGUGUGUUUUUCUGCGACGCGUGCCAGCUUAAAAUCUCAACUCUCAAAUCGCAAAUCGCAAAUUGCAUUUCGCGUAGUCCUACGUCUUACGUCUUACAACAUUGCCAUCUUGCCAUUGUUUCCCUAUAUAUAAAUAGUUUUUUGUUUUUUUUUUUGCUUUGCCAUUGGGGUAGCACGAUGUUUUCAAUCAGUUUUUGUUGACAACGGCAAUAGCUAGAUCGACACAGGCAAUUGAUCGACAUAUUUGCAAUUAAAAAUGCCGCAGCGCUCGCCUUUCGCCAUUCAGGAGCUGCUGGGCUUGGCGGUGGCAGCGGCCACAGAAGCGCCAACCGAUCUGACGACAACUGCCGGUGCAACAACAACAGUGGCAAAAGAGCGUCAAACGCCAACGCCGCCAAAGACAACAAAUGCCACAAUAACAGCAGCAACAUCAGCAGCAUCAACGGCAACAAAUGCGGCCGAGGGCAAUUUAACGAGCGGUUUGGAGCCACAGCAGCAGCCGCAGCAGCAGCAACAACAACAGCAGCAGCAGCACCAGCAGCAGCAGCAACAGCAGCAGCAGCACCACCAUCAGUACAGGGAGCACCACCAAAUGACCAUGGCAGCCGCCUCGCGAAUGGCCUACUUCAAUGCCCAUGCGGCGGUGGCAGCCGCCUUUAUGCCCCACCAACUGGCCGCGGCGGUGCACCACCAUCAUCAGCAUCAGCACCAGCACCACCCCCACCACCACCCGCACCAUCCACACGGAGCCGUUGGAGGGCCACCGCCACCGCCGCCGUUGCAGCACCACCACCCCCACCAUCCGCACCACCCGCUGCUGCACGCGCAGGGAUUUCCGCAGCUUAAAAGCUUCGCCGCAGGAGCCGGAACUUGUUUGCCCGGCUCCCUGGCGCCCAAGGACUUUGGCAUGGAGGGCUUGAAUGGCUUCGGAGUGGGAGCGAAUAGCAAAAAGAAGAAAAAGAAGCGACGACACAGCCGCACCAUAUUCACCAGCUACCAACUGGAGAAACUGGAGGAGGCCUUCAAGGAAGCCCAUUAUCCCGACGUCUAUGCCCGCGAAAUGCUGUCUCUGAAGACCGAACUGCCCGAGGAUCGCAUACAGGUGUGGUUCCAAAAUCGACGCGCCAAGUGGCGCAAGACGGAGAAAGUCUGGGGCGGCAGCACAAUAAUGGCCGAGUACGGACUCUACGGGGCCAUGGUGCGGCACUCGCUUCCCCUGCCGGACACGAUCCUCAAGUCGGCCAAGGACAACGACGCGGUGGCGCCCUGGCUACUAGGUAUGGAGCAGAAAUGCAUGCAUCGCAAGUCGAUCGAGGCGCAGUCGGCACUGAAGGACGACUCGGGUGUGAGCGACCACGAGGACUCGGCGGGCUCGAAAUCGGCCCACUCGGAGGACCUAUCCCGCUCCCGCUGCCGCACCCUCAGCUCCUCCACCGAAUCGCUGAACGUCGUCAGUCCAGCGCCCAGCAGCUGCCCCACCUCCGCCUCCACCUCGGCGCCACCCACUUCGACCAGCGGCUAUGCGGGCGCAGCCUCCUCCGCGGCCACCACGCCCACCGGGGCGUCCACCACCAACAGCUCCGGCAGUCCCCACAUCGAGCUGGGCUCCCCCUCGCCGCAGCAGCAGCAGCACCUGCAACUGCAGCAGCAGCAGCAACAGGCAUCGCUCUACUUGGGCGGCGGCGCGGGGGUUAGUGGCUGUGCUCCGCCCAGCUAUCAUCCGCUGCUGGACGCCGCCAAUGCCGCUGGUGCCGGAGCGGCGGCCUCCAGCAAGGACUUCCACAUGAUCAUGAACACCGCCGUGGCGGCUGCAGCAGCAGCUGCGCAGCAGCAACAUCAGCAACAGCAGCAACAGCAGCAUCAGCAGCAACAGCAGCAGCAUCAGCAGCAGGUUACGGCGGCAGCACCUGGAUUGCAUGCCCACAACUUGGCCGCCGCCCUCAUGGAACACGAUCCGGAUGCCUUCAGAAACAACUCAAUCGCCUGUUUGAGGGCCAAGGCGCAGGAGCACCAGGCACGACUCCUGAACAACGGUGGCCUCUUCCUGCAGGUGCGCCGGUUUGCCCAGGGUCAGGCGCAGCUCCAGGACCCAAGUGAUAUGCUCAAGCUCAGCGAGGAGUACAACAACAACAACAGCCCCAUGCCCAUUUCGCCCGCCCACUCGACUGCCACUACGCGGGCCAAUGUGAAAAUGGAGCUGACCGCCAAUGGAGGAUCGAUGAAAAACUGCGAGGACGCCUAACGAAAGCGCCAAGUUCGCUUCAUCUAAGCUGCCCAAUUGCAAAUGCUAUGACCCCAAAGUGCACCAAAACCAAAAAUGAGAAGUAACCCUUUUUUUUACUAGACCUAAGGAGCAUUUACGUCUGUAGAUCUGUAAUCGAAAUAGUAAUUUUAAACAGCAGCAUUGGCUGGCUUAAGGUGUAAAAAUACGAAAUCGGAAUAUUUUAAUAUUAAUUCAUCAGCGAAAAUAUUUUUUUAUUUUCCAACAUCAAUUUGGGCACCAACAAAUAUAUAUGAUAGUUAACCGAUAUGGCUGAAAUAAAAGUACGAAUAUGUGACAAAUA